UACUAUCCCCUCCAUUUCACAACACAACCCAACCAUUAGCCGAUGAAAUUAUCCAUUUAUACCAACGUCUAGGAACCUGAACAUUCGGUUGCUCAUGGAAACUCUUCCAUUCCAGGCAUCAUUACGGUUCCCUUGUGCUUCAAUAUUUACAAGUAGCAUAAAUAACAGCAAGCGACGCCUUGAUAUUUUAAAUAAGAGCAUGCAUGACAGAUUCUCUACACUAUCUGUGAAAAGAUUGCAGAGGAGGUUGCUUUUGCAGUUUAUUGGAUACAAUUCUGCACUAAUUGGAGUAAAUGAGCAUCCUGUUUUUGCUGCACCAUUGCCUGAGAUGAAGGAACCUGAAGUAAUUCGGACAUUAAAGCUUGCCAGUGGAGUAAAAUUUCAAGAUAUUGUUGAAGGCGAAGGACCAGAAGCUAGAGAAGGGGAUUUGGUUGAAGUCAAUUAUGUAUGCCGACGCUCAAAUGGAUAUUUUGUUCAUAGCACGGUGGAUCAAUUCAGCGGUGAAAGUGCUCCCGUCAUACUUCCAUUAGAUGAGAAUAAGAUAAUAAAGGGUCUUAAGGAGGUUUUGCUUGGCAUGAAGGUUGGAGGAAAAAGAAGAGCAUUGAUACCACCUUCUGUGGGAUAUGUUAAUGCGAACUUAAAUCCUAUUCCUGAGGAGUUUGGCCCCCGGCGCAGUCUUUUGUCCCAUGCAAAUGAGCCUCUUAUAUUCGAGGUGCAACUGCUGAAAGUACUAUAAUUCAAUUUACAUUCAUGCAUCCGAAUUUGUUGAUAAAGAUUGAUUUCUUUGUAACAUUUGAAUAAAUUUAUCGUACUCUCCCUGAUCAAAUGAACAAUCUUGUUGGUUCUUACAUAA